AUGAAAGAUCUUGGUCUCUUGAGAUACUUUCUUGGGAUAGAAGUCAAUAAAUCCUUUAAUAGUUAUUUUAUUUCUCAAGUUAAGUAUGCAACUGAAAUUCUUCAGCGUGCAGGGUUAACUGAUAGCAAGACUGUUGAUACACCUCUAGAACUGAAUGUUAAGCUCAACAAUUACGAAGGAAAAACAUUAUCUAAUCCUACACUAUACCGUCAGCUUGUAGGGAGUCUUAACUAUCUUACUAUUACACGACCAGAUAUCAUCCAUGCAGUCCAUAUUGUAAUCCAGUUUAUGUCAUAUCCAAGAUCAACUCACUAUGCUGCUGUCCUUCGAAUUUUGCGAUACAUCAAAGGUACUUUAUAUCAAGGGUUACACUUCUCAAGUAAUCCUGAUCUUCGUCUUCGUGCAUACUCCGACUCUGAUUGGGCAGGUGAUGUUACUGAUCGACGAUCAACCACUGGAUAUUGCCUAUUUUUGGGUAAUUCAUUAAUCUCUUGGCGUAGUAAGAAACAAUCUGUGGUAUCUCGCUCUAGUUCUGAAGCUGAAUAUCGAGCUCUUGCUCACACCACUUCAGAAAUUGUCUGGUUACGAUGGCUUCUUCAAGAUAUGGGAGUUACAUCAUCCGAGCCAACUCCACUCUCCUAUGAUAACAAGGUUGCUAUUCAUAUUGCCCACAAUGAUGUGUUCCACGAGCGUACAGAACACAUCGAGAUUGACUGUCACUUUGUUCGUCAUCACUUCAAACACUUGACAAUCUCAUUGCCCCAUGUUUCUUCAGAAUUGCAUCUAGCAUACAUUUUUACUAAGACUUUACCUUCUCCUCGUCUGAAGUUCUUGGCUUCCAAACUCAAUAUGUGCUUUGCACCAUCAUGA